AUGGCGAAUAAUUUUAAUCAAGUUGGACUAAUGCCUGGAACGGCGAUCCGAGUUCCUGUAAACGUUUACCCAGGCUUCCAAAACGGCCAAAGAGUAAUAACGAGACCUGCGCAUUUUACAAUGCAACCAAACGGUGUACACAUCAACGGUGCUUAUAUGCCGGGCAUACCCUUUCCGAAUAAUCAGAUAAAUGUUAUUAGAAGGAUUCCAAAUCAACCAAAUUUACUCAAAAUUCAAAAAGAAGCUUUCUUUAUGAGGCUUUUGAGUUUUGCAGAACAGUUAGGGGAUAACAUUAUUCACUGGAAAGAGGUUCACUGGAGGGAGUUGACCAAUCGUUUUUUUGCUGAUGAUACUUCGAUGAAAUACACUCUAUGGGCACCAAUCUCUCAAAAGAAAUUUUUUGAAAUAAAGUACCAAGUCAUACCUAGGUUUUAUCAAACAUUCAUUGAAUCCGGAGUAAUAAAGAUCCAACUAAUUUUAGGAAAUCCGCGGCCUUCGCAAUAUAAUCAAGUGGUGUGUCCAUCAGCUUCAAUAGUAUACCAUUAUAGAAAUGGAAUACAAGUUGUUGCACCCGGUCAAUUAACCGUCACGUUCAACGGCAAUUUAAAAAUGAUGGAAUUUGACUUUCAAACAACGAAAUACACAGAAUUUCUACCAAAACAACAAUGCCACGAAUUUAUACAAAUACCAAGCCCUUUAAAUGAAUAUGGUAUCCCCCAUAAGACAAUGCGAUGCUUGGAGGUUGGAGAGGGCGUUGAUUAUAUGCAUGAUGUUAUGAUGCACACCAUAAACAAUCGAAACAUAGGACCUAUACAUGCAUUAAGUAUAAUUGCAUCCCAAUCUCAGAACCCGAAUAAUAUUAAUGUGGCUGCACAAGCAGUAGCAAACAGUGUAACAACUACUCCAAAUAUCCAGAAUUCGCCACUUGUUAAGAAGGAAAUGAAGAGUGAUGCUCAAAAUUAUAAUAGUAUUCCACCGACUAUCAAUUCUAAUGACUUAAGGACAGCUCCUACGACACCGUUAACACCAAAACAAACGCCACAACAAACACCAACGUUAGCACCAUCGGCUUUGGUAUCAAAUGCAAAUGAUAUCGGAUCACCUCGUCAAAAAAAAAGUUCUACACAAUCUCCAGCUAUUAGUGGCAAGUAG